AUUGCCCUGACGUCAUGAGAGUGCUGUUGGAGGUGUCGAAUCCAGUUUUUCCGCGAGCGACGCGAGUCCAACAUUGGUGAAACAGUAAGAAAGGAACAACCUUUGAAAUCGUACACAUCACAGUAUUGUAUCCAACCACCAGAAAAGAAAGAUGCCUUUGGGUGACGAUGGACAUUCUUGGAAGAAGAAAACCUCAGAUGUUAAGGAGAAUUUCGACUUCAAGGAGAUCCUGGGGACGGGGGCUUUCUCUGAGGUGGUCCUAGCGGAAGAGAAGAGGACACAGAAACUGGUGGCCAUCAAAUGCAUCCCUAAGAAAGCCCUGGAAGGCAAAGAGAACAGCAUAGAAAAUGAGAUCGCUGUCCUGCACAAGUUAAAACAUGCCAACAUUGUCUCCCUGGAGGACAUCUUUGAGAGUAAAUCUCACCUCUACCUGGUUAUGCAGCUGGUGUCUGGUGGGGAGCUGUUUGACAGGAUAGUGGAGAAGGGCUUUUACACAGAAAAAGAUGCCAGCAAGCUCAUCCAGCAGAUCCUGGACGCUGUCAAAUACCUCCAUGACAUGGGCAUCGUACACCGCGACCUGAAGCCGGAGAACCUUCUGUACGACAGUAUGGAAGAGGACUCUAAGAUCAUGAUCAGUGACUUUGGCCUGUCGAAGAUCGAGGGAUCUGGAAGUGUCAUGUCCACAGCCUGCGGAACACCAGGAUACGUGGCCCCUGAAGUAUUGGCCCAGAAACCCUACAGCAAGGCGGUGGACUGUUGGUCAAUCGGUGUCAUCGCCUACAUCCUUUUGUGUGGAUACCCUCCGUUCUAUGACGAGAACGACGCCAAGCUUUUUGAGCAGAUUCUGAAGGCUGAAUAUGAGUUUGACUCUCCUUACUGGGACGAUAUCUCUGACUCAGCCAAAGACUUCAUAGUCCACUUGAUGGAGAAGGACCCCAGGAUACGCUACACAUGUGACCAGGCUCUGCAGCACCCCUGGAUCGCUGGUGACACCGCUCUAGAUAAGAACAUCCAUGAGUCUGUCAGUGCUCAGAUCAGGAAGAACUUUGCCAAGAGCAAGUGGAGGCAAGCGUUUAACGCCACGGCGGUGGUGCGUCACAUGAGGCGUCUGCAGCUGGGCACCAGUCAGGAGGCCGCCAGUCAGACCACCUUGCCCAGCCCUCUCAGAGCCCACCUGCUGCUGUCUGAGGCCACAGAAACAGAGGACACCACUGAGUCUCCGUGUGAGGGGGGCUGCUCCCAGAGUGCUGAUGGGGGGGCGGAGCGCGACCACCUCUCCAACUGCACCUACCGCUGCCAUCCAACCAGCCGGGUCUGAUCCCUGCACACCCAGGCCACGCGAGGCCAACCAAUGACUUUCCCAUUUACCUCUGGAGACCAGAGAAAUACAGAGUUGUUCCAGCGACCCGCCACCAGGAGGGGCAGGCAGGUUAUGAAUCCAGGGUGGGGAGGAGGGUCUCGAUGUCACAGAGGAGGUCAUUUGAACGGAUUGGGUGAGAGCGGGGGAUGAGAUGAGAGGGUAGAGGAAAGGAAAGGAGGAGAACAUUGAGAAAGAGGUAUGGUGCCCAGAAUAAUCCUGGCUCAUAUAUUUUGGAAGCGGGACAGAGCUUGGACAGGGUUUUACUCAUCCUUUUAAAAUGUGCGUCUGCUUUUUAUAUCUCUGCAUUUAUGUGCGUGGUGUCUUCUAUCUCCAUUGUCUUUCCACUUUGACAGAAUCCAUGGAUGAUUUCUGCAUGAUGAGGUGACAGGUCCCCUUGCAUGUUGGCGGCAGGUGUUUUAUAGCGUGACGAGUCUAUUGCAAAAUCGUGUAUGGUGGUAAUCAUUAUGUUAGAGUUCCUGUACUGCAGAUACACAUCUUUAUGACCUUAAUGAAUUUAGUCAUUCAGCAUAACAUUUGUAUGGCUUUGUUGUAUCUUCAUAUUCUUUUUAUAUAUAAAUGUAGCCCUAGAAGCAUUCACCUAAUACCACAUCUGGAUAAUCAAUGUGAGAAUACUCCAUCCAUUGGGCUAGUAUACAGUAGACCCAGCAUUUAGCUAGAUCUGUUCUUUCUUAUUUUUUGUCUCAGCAUGGAUGUGUUUCACAACUGUAAGUUUGUGGUUGUGCUCCCACCACAGGCUUGUAACAGAAUAAUGCUUUCUGAUUUGAGCAAAUUCAGCACAGGGACUUCUUCUCUAUGCUGCCUUUAGAACAGUGUCAAAUGUUUAUUUUCUGGUGGCUUUUAGAAAUCUGAAGAUACAUCUCUAUAUCUCUGCACAGUUGAAGGAGCAUUAGCGGCUAUUUCAUUUCUAUCGUUGUAUGUUUGUAUAUAUUUCAAUGUGGCAAUUCUAUCGUUAAAUACAGACUUUCACCUCGGUCCAGAUCUGUCCAGAUCGCUUUUCCAGUUGAGAAGUGUAAUACCCUGGAGAUAGACUUACAUACACAGCCAUUCCUCUUAGUACUAGUUAAUACUUCAUUUUUUCAAGCCUUUGUAUCUGUACAGAGAGAACUUGAAUUAAAGAAUGUAAGUAUACAUCUCAUUGUCUCACCUCAUCAUUUCUUCUCUCUCACUCAUCAUAAUUAAGCAAGAAGGCACAAGUGGGUGUGGUAUACGGCCAAUAUACCGCAGCUAUGGGCUGUUCUUAAGCACGAUGCAACGUGGAGUGCCUGGAUACAGCCCUUAGCCCUGGUAUAUUGGCCAUACAGUAUACCACAAACCCCCGAGGUGCCUUAUUGCUUACCAAGGUAAUUAGAGUAGUAAAAAUAAACCUUUUGUCAUACACAUGAUAUACGGUCUGAUAUACCAUAGCUGUCAGCCAAUCAGCAUUCAGGGCUUGAACCACCCAGUUUAUAAGGUCAUUUAGAACAUUCUUUUGGUUACCUAAAAGAGAAUGCAGGAUUUUAUAUCAAAGAAUUUCACUUUACUCAUUUGUUAUUGUUCCUUUGUUUUUUCAACAGUUCAGUUUGCAUUCAAUCCAUCAUCUUCAUACAUUUACUGUACUCAAAUUAGCUGCCAUAUAAUGCUCGCACUUUUAAUAAACACAUACUGACUUGAUUGAAUUCUCUGAUGAGAAGGGUACAAUGUGUUUAAAUUACCAGUUCAGUCCAGUGGGUUGUAAGCUCCUACUGUAAGUAAGAUUUAGGACUUUUUCACGUUCAUUUCAAUAGCCAAGUGGACAGGACUUGGAUGUGUGGCGACAUGAGACUAGAGGGUAGAGGGACAUCCUCUUUGUCCUCACUCUAGCUAGUCCAACACACAGGCAUUGACUCUACAGACCUACUUGCCAUAGCCUGCAUUGCAUUCAAAGCUAAAUGAUUGACGCAAAUUUGCCUUGACGUUUACUGUUUCAGUGGCUUUUGUGUAGUGUGUUGGCUCUAAAUUCUGAUCAAUGGCUGUGCUGUUCCGCUUGUUGAUAUUGAGCUGUCACAACAUAGACCUUUUGAUUGAGUCUUGCUCUCAAUGUUGUGUACCCAAUGGUCUACUCUGCCCAAUGCCCCGUCAGUUAUUUUUUUAAAGAGACAUUCAUUAAACAAAGAGUAGUGCCAUUUUCAUUAAGGAAUGACUUUCAAGUCAAAUUAGUACAGUGUUAAUGGCUAAUCACUAAAAAGGUGCCCACAUUUGCUUUCAUGAGCUGAGAUUGACAUGUUGGAAACCAAUGAGACUGACUACAUGUUGAGGUCUUCCAGAUAUAGUGGAGGACAGGGACUGAUCUCUUUCUGCUCAGUGAUGUUCUGAAAAUGAAAAGAGAGGCUAACUUCUCCAACCCUAGCUUUCCCCCUGAAUGUAUCGUUUGAUUCCAUGAUUGUUUCCUUUGUUAAACUACGGUAAUAGUGAGUGCCAUUUGUGUGGACACAGACAAGGGCAGUGCAAGUUGUCAUAUCUUCAAGUGUGACUAACAGUCACAAUUGUGAGUAAUUCUUUAAAAUGUAUUAUUGGCUUUAUCUUCUAUUUGAUCUCCACUAAUUUGUUUGGAUAGUGAAGUUGUUUGUGGUAGAGUGAAAAUGUCCCUAGAGUGUGUGAGGGUAGAGUGUCUGAACAAGGGUGGGCAGAUUGGAGGAGGCAGGUAACCCUCUAUGUCCACUGCCCAGGGCUUUAACCCAUUCAUUCUGAUUAGAGAGAAAUAAAGAGAGAGGGAGACUGAGAGAUGAGAAGGAGGGAUAGAGAGAGGUGAAGGAAUAGAAACAGACAGUUCUAGAGGAUAGAGUUAGGCAUAGUUUAGUAGUUUCUUGUAGCCGAAUAGUAGAUGGAGACUAGAGGUAUUUUAGAGAGGACGAUAUUGUCACAUUUGCACAUCACAAGAAGGCAUUCUAGCCUUACCUCAAGUGGUGAACGUUCUGUAUUCAAAAUGUAUAUGAAGGGCUUCACUGUAUCUAAAUAGGUGAUGGUUAUUUGAUGAGUUUACACUGACAUUUGCUUACUCCAAAUUAACAAUCUGAACAAGUCCUUUGAUAAGAAAAGUGUAUUUAGUUAUAUUUUCUGUUCUUUAUGUUUUUUAUUGGAAGUAAAUUAUAUAAAUGAAAAUGUGUAUGCAUAGUGAAGUAUAUAAUAUAGUAUUUUUUUGUAAAAGCUACUAUACUAAUGCAUGGAUGCAAUGCAUCGUGAGCUAUUGAAUAUUAACUGCGGAGUAUUGUUAAGUAUCAAAGCUAAUUAUUUGUACUGUACUUUGAACUGAUUUGUAAACUGAAGGUAUAUUAAAACUACUCUGUCUAUGCA